AUGAGACCCCGUGGGCGCCCUCAACGCCAACUGAUCGAUCGUCAAACACUCGCCUCCCGCCUUCUCAAUUCUCGCACGGUCAAUCUCCGCACACAAAAGCGUCUCGCAUCAUCCGUGAUCGGAUGCGGCCAACGCAAGAUAUGGCUCGACCCUAACGAGAUGAACGAGAUCUCCAAUGCCAAUUCCCGCCAAACCAUCCGCAAGCUCGUCUCCGAUGGCCUUAUCAUCCGUAAACAGGUCACCAUGCACUCGCGUGCUAGAGCCAGGGAAUUGACUGCUGCACGACGAAUUGGGCGGCACAGAGGCUUCGGGAAGAGGAAGGGUACAGCUGAUGCUAGGAUGCCAAGCCAGGUGCUCUGGAUGCGCCGUCUCCGAGUCCUCCGCCGUUUGUUGGUGAAAUAUCGUGCUGCGGGCAAGAUCGACAAACAUCUCUACCACGAACUGUAUCACCUAUCGAAGGGUAACACGUUCAAGCAUAAGCGGGCGCUCAUCGAGCAUAUCCAUAAAGCCAAAGCCGAGAAACAGCGCGAGCGUAUCCUCAAGGAAGAGAUGCAAGUCAAGCGUGACAAGAACAAGGCGGCGAGAGAGAGGAAGGUGGAGAGACAGACGCAGAAGAGGCAGGCGCUGCUUGGUGAGGAUGAAGGUGAGGAGAAGAAGGAGGGUUGA